AAUUAAUCGACUAUGUUCAGACCAAUCUCAAGCACGAGAGAGAGUAAAACUAAAAUUGUUAUAACCUUAAAAUAAUAUUGUAAUUGUUACAAAAAUUAAUUUUAUUAAAAUCACAAUUAAAAGUGCAUAUUUACACUAAAAAUGGCUGAAAAUAUGCGUCAAAAUAUUGCAACAUUGCUCAAAAGCAUUGAAAGAUACAACCCAGAGAAUAUUUUGACUCUUGAAAAAUAUGUGGAAAUUCAAUCAAAAGAUAAUGUUUAUGAUCUUGAAGCAAAUUUGGCAUUAUUAAAAUUAUACCAAUUGAAUCCAACACGUUUCAAUGUCAACAUCACCUGUCAGAUCCUCCUCAAAGCACUGACAAAUCUUCCUCAUACUGAUUUUGUACUUUGCAAAUGUCUUUUAAGUGAAAAAAUUAUGGCUGAUGAUCCAAUAAAUCAAAUAAUUUUCCUUGGUGAUAUUUUGGAGCAAUGUGAUUUUCAAUUAUUUUGGUUACGUGUUGCAACAAUGGCUGAUCUUUGUGGAAGAAUUGUUGGAUUCCAAGAUUCAAUUAGAAAAUUUGUUUGUCAUGUUGUUGGUAUUACAUUCCAAACAAUUAAUAAAACACUUUUGAAUCAAUUACUUGGUCGUGUUGAUGAUGCAACACAAAAACAUUGGGUUAAAAAAUACGGAUGGCAAGAACAAGAUGAUGAUGUUAUUUUCAUUGCAAAUCAAGAUGAAAAUAUAAAAACUAAAAAUAUUACUGAAAAAAUUGAUUUUGAAAAUGUUGCUGGUCUUAUGGCAGCAUGUAUUUAAAUAAUUUCCAAUAUUCAUCAAUAAAAAACAUUUUUUAAAAUAAAAACAACAUUGAUAUAACAUAAAUACUGAAUUACAUAAUUUAUUUGUCAAUUAUUUUUAAUUAGUAUAAUCUAUUACUCUGAUGGUAUUAUA